AUGACGAUCAGCUACUCGGACAAAUUCGUGAAGCUACUCUUCCGAUGGAAAGGCUCGCUGUGGAAGGCCAUCUGGGGCCAUUUACUACUCUAUUUAACGCUAUACUAUUCCAUUAACGUUGUGUAUAGGUUUUUCAUGACAGAAGAACAGCAGCGUACCUUCCAAAAGUACAUAACCCUGUGCGAUUCGUGGACCAAGGAGAUUCCGCUGACAUUUUUGCUCGGUUUCUACGUGGCGAUGAUUGUCAGAAGGUGGUGGGAUUGCUGUCAGCUGAUUUCCUGGCCCGACUCGCUGCUCUUCAACGUGUCGGCCCUCGUCAGGGGCACUGAUCAAGAAACCCGGAUAAUCCGGCGGACGAUAGCCCGAUAUGCGAUGCUGGCUUCUGUGCUGGCGUGGCGGAGCAUAUCGUUGAGGGUAUUGAAAAGAUAUCCAACCGACGAGCACCUCAUCACUUCGGGGCUCGUCACACGUGAGGAAUUAGCGCUUUUCAAGAAAAUUGACGUUAAAAUAGAUCCUCAUCAGAAAUGGUUCGUGCCGAUCAACUGGAUCCAGACGAUGAUGCUGCGGUGUUUUGAGAAGGGCACCCUCUCGCACACUAAUGAGCUCCGUGUGCUCCUCGAUAAUCUCGACCAGUUCCGCUCAAAUUUCUUCCGACUUUUUAUCUACGACUGGAUCUCAAUCCCACUGGUCUACACGCAGGUCUCGACAAUAUCUGUGUACGGCUAUUUCCUCUUUACGCUGAUUGGGCAGCAGUUCCCCUCCGUAAACCUUUACAACCAAAAAGUCGAUAUUUAUGUGCCAAUUUUCUCCAUUCUCCAGUUCUUGUUUUACGUCGGGUGGUUAAAGGUUGGUGAAGAUCUGAUGUUCCCAUUUGGAGCCGACGACGAGGACUUCGAGUUUAACUAUAUUUUGGACCGGAAUUUGGAGAUAGCUUUCCUCAUCGUUGAUCAGCUACACAACCAGGUGCCGUCAGUAUACGUGGAGAGUUUAUCGGAUGAUGUUAAGCUACUCCACACCGAAGGAUCAGCCCGACUAGUCAGCCACCCCCAACGGCAGCACCUACGAAAAUAUCGCAUGAAAACAGAAGACAUGAAGCUCCACGUCGAGCCCCACCUACCGAAUAAGAAAUACGGGAUCAGCUUCUCGGACGUGGAGGCGAAUCACAUUUUGGAGAAGCCUUUGAAGGAGGACACGGCGGAGAAGAGGGAGCGGAGAGAGAUUAUGAAUCGAAGUAUACGCCGUAAAGACAACCUGACGUCACGAAGACCGAGUGGCCAACCCCCGAAAGCCUUCGAA